CAGCCAUAUAAAGGCACCUGGUGCUGGCGGCUGCCCAGUCCCAGCCAGUGGAUGCCCCACGAUGAGGCCACUCCUGCUGUCUCUGCUUCUGGCUACUCUGUGCGCUGACCUGGCCCCGGCCCUGCACUGCCACGUGUGCUGCGGCCACAAGGACUGCGAGUCUCUGGUGGAGUGUGCCCCAACCGACAAGUACUGUGUGAUCACGCAGGCCACAAACCCCGGUGGCAUCUUGGUCAUGAAGUCCUGCGCCCCGGUGUGCCCCAACAGCACCAUGUCCUCGGACGGCCGCACCCUCUCCGUCUCCUGCUGCCAGGGCAGCCAGUGUAACCGCAGCGCAGCCGUGGGCCUGGCGGGCAGCCCAGGGACCCUGUGGCUCAGCGCCUCGGUCAGCCUGCUGUGGCCACUGCUCCGGGCGGCCUGGUGAGCCCGCCGUGCCCGCCUCGGCGCUGGCUGUCGCCCGGACCCCGCGGUCCUUGGCAGCCGUGCCGCUCUCCGCACACUGCCAAGCUGGGAAGAAGAGCUCCUGCUUCUCGUGGGGCUCCUCCCGGCUUCCCCUGGCCACACCCAGACCCUGGGCUCUUGCCCCUGGGAGGGAGUUUCCCCCCCUGCUCAGGAAGCCCCCUCCAAGGGACCCUCAGCCCUCUCCUGGGGUCCCAGCCACCCGGCAGUGGGAAGGGCACCUCCAUCCCUCUGGCACCCUCCACCUGCUUUCAGGGACUUCCACUGGGGCUUCCUUCCCAACCAGGUUCGUGUGCCCAGAGCUGCUGUGCAGGGAGGGAGGGGGGGGGUUCAGAGGUCGGGGCAUUCCCCCCACCCCGGCACCAGCCACCCCUGGGCUCCCACGUGCAUCCCCCACCCACUCCUUCCACUGCUGACUCACACCCCAGUGGGCACGCUCGCUCCUCCUGGCCCACCAGGGCCUCCUGGGAGCCAGGCGCCCUGUUGGAACUGCCAGGCCCCUCCUGGGGCCCUUGGUUCACUGCCCGAAGCUUGGAGAGGGGAUGAGGCUUUCCGGGAUCGGCACCUCCCCACCCCAGUCUCUGCCAGGUAAAGGCAGGCUUGUGCCCGAUCCCUCGGCUGC